ACCAAACUAUCCCCUAUUAUAUAUAUGUUUAUGUUUAUGUUAUCCCGUUCCCAUCCCUUCUUCCCCCCCCGGUAAACGAGAACGCGAUGGUGGUGAUGCGUCUCUCCCCGUGGUCUCCUCUCCCGGCGACGGCGACGGCGACGAAGAAGAAGAAGAGGGGUAAGGUCACCGUCGCGGUGGCCCGACUCGCGCCUCUCCCGUUUCCCCCGACGGGGGAAAGGACGGCGAGGUUGAUCGCCGUGGAAGCGGCGUGGGAACGGGGGGCGCCGGGGUCCGGGCCGCUGUCGCUGCUCGCGAGGAAGGCGAUGCGGAGGAAGGAGGAGCGGGGAAACGGGCGGCGCGUUUCCCGGUGGGAACCGGUGGGAGUCGACGGGGCGGUCGAAUGGGAGGAGGACGACGAAGCAAACCGGUUCGAGCUCGGCCCCGUUUCCGUUUCCCUCUCCCUCUCCGUCCUAUGCGGAUCACAGCAAGAGGGAAAGGGCAGAGGGAGCAAACCUGAAGAGAUAGGGAGAGCAACAGUAAACCUGGAAGAGUGGGCUAGGGUUUCCCAAACUGAGAAGCAGGGAGAAGAAGAAGAAGUAAUGGAUAAGAUAUCCCAGCUCCAAGCACAAAGAAAGCAGGUCCCCAUCACCUUGAGGAAAGAGGGGUGGACAAGUGAUGCCAUACUUUAUGUCAAUUUCAACUUUGUUGAGGUGACGAGAUCUCAAGAAAUUAAAGAAACACCAUCCAUUCGAGAUGAGCAAAUGAUAAACAAGAAAAAGAGCAAGCAAAAGGAGGCAACAACUGAUGAACAACAGACCGACGCUUCAUUUACGUCCAAUUCAGAAAUUAUCGGUUUGGAUCAGCUUCUUCAGUUGGCAGAUGAAUCAGAUAAGUUGGCUGUUUAUGGCAGCAGAAGCCGCUCUCCCAGCUGCAGCAGCAGCAGUAAUAGCGGCCAAUCAAGUCCAGAACUAAAAUCAAUUUCAAAACGUCGAUUUCUUUCCUGGAGGAGGAGGAGCAGAGACAACGACAAUGGAAAAGAUUAUAAUGAGAAAGAAAGCAAGAAGAGCCAAGAUUCCUCUUCCCAGAUAAUACCUCAGAGUGUUACAGGAAAUGAAGUUUCUGAAUCAAACGAAGAUGAGGAUCCUAUUGGUAACUGGAAAAAUAAGGAAUUUAUCAGCAGAGACGCACAAACGAAAAUCAAAACUCAAAUCUUUUUUGCCUCAAUUGACCAACGAGAUGAGAGUGCAGGCGGAGAGAGCGCUUGCACGGCCCUCGUUGCAGUGAUUGCAGAUGCUCUACAUUCUAAAAGAUUGAAUGAGCCAACAAAAUCAGAGUUUGACGCUCUAAUUAGAGAAGGCUCAUUAGAGUGGAGAAAACUAUGUGAAGAGACAUCCUACAUAAGCCGUUUUCCAAACAAGCAUUUUGAUCUCGAUACUAUACUAGAUUCCAAAGUCAGGUCAAUUUCGGUUCUGCGCCAAAAGUCAUUUAUCGGAUUCUUUCAACCGGAAAGUUUUGAAUCAUUAUCGGGAGCAAUGUCCUUCGAUGACAUCUGGCAUGAGAUUAGUGCACAGAGAUGUGAUCCAGUGGUCUAUAUCGUGAGUUGGAAUGACCAUUUCUUUGUUCUAAAGGUUGAAGAUAAUGUGUAUUAUAUCAUAGACACUUUAGGGGAGAGACUAUAUGAAGGGUGCAAUAAAGCCUACAUACUCAAGUUUGAUGAAAACACAGAAAUGUAUAAAUUGCCCGAGAAGAACGGAGAUGUAGAUAAGGAUGAAAUAAUAUGCCGCGGGAAAGAAUGUUGUAGGGAGUUCAUUAACAGAUUUUUUGCUGCAAUUCCACUGAGGGAGGAAUUGGAGAUUGAAAAGAAGGGGGGCGUGAAUAAUAGUUCGGCCCCGCAUCAGAGGUUGCAGAUAGAGUUUCACUUCACAGUGUUACAAGAAGAGGAACCGACCGAUGUGCGAAUAUCUAAUGAUGAGGAAUCGACCGUGCGAACAUCUAAUGAUUUGUGUGCUGAUGAACAGUUGGUUAGUUAGCAAAUAGAAUUAAACAGUGUACAGAAAUAAUGCUAACCUUCAUAAAAUUUUAGCUUGAUUAUUAUUAUUUAGAGCUUGAUUGAGUUUGUAGUUGAAAAAUCUGAAGUUAUUAUGUAUAUACAGUUGUUUGUACAAUUUUUUGAUUCAUUAAUGGAGGGAUGAAAAUUGCCUUGGCCUCACAAGAGUUGCAAUUUGGAAA